CUACUUCACGACUAGUCGACGGUAAGCCAUUAUGGCGAACGGAUAGAAGUCGUGUGAGUGUCUGUUAGCUCGAAAAUUUACUGUGAUGAUACGCGUUUUCGUGUAGCGAUUUAACUCGGAGUUUUCAUCAGGCGGAAGUACAUCGACCUUUUAUCGCGCAACGACGUCCAAACGUGAAUGACACGAUGGUAAAACUGACCGAGGAGAUGGUCGUGGCUCGCACACGAAUGUCUGACUUCUCCGCCGUAAAGAAACUCAAUUGCUGGGGAACAGAAUUGACAGAUGUUAGCAUCUUAAGAAAAAUGAAGAAUGUAGAGGUAUUGUCAUUGAGUAUAAAUAAUAUUAAUACACUUGCCGAUUUUCAAUAUUGCCAGAAGCUUCAGGAUUUAUUUAUUAGGAGAAAUAAUAUCAAAGAUUUAAAUGAAGUUUGCUAUCUUCAAGGAUUACCUAAUUUACGGAAUUUGUGGCUUGGUGAGAAUCCAUGUGCAGAGAAAGAAGGAUAUCGAUUAACAGUACUUCGGGCUUUGCCAAACCUUGAGAAAUUAGAUGAUAAAGAAGUAUCGCCUGAAGAAAUACAAACUGCAAUGGCAAUAGGACGGCCCUUGGUACAUCCUCUUGAAAUGGAUACUUCUCCGCAAUCAGAUGCAGUAAGCCCAGAUGAAAUACCAAUUGAAUAUAUUGAAGAAACUGAAUUGGAGCAACCUAGGAGAUACAGUUCUUGUAGCGAUCAGAGAAGUUUCGAUGAGACGCAACACUCACACGAAGAAUAUGACCCUGACAGAAGGAACGCAAAUUAUAAUGCAUCAUCAUCUCAUCAUUAUUCACAAAAUAAUCAGUAUGCAUAUGAGCUACAGAAUGGCCAAUCAAAGAAACAGAGCAAAGAUGACACUGUGCGUACAGAGUCACGCAGCAACAAUGAAACUGCGGCCACUAACACUCUUGAAAUAUCCAAGGAUUACGAUGAUCGUCCGGUAGUAUCACGACAUAACGGAGAAUAUGAUGAAAGGCGAGGUUAUUCCGAUUAUGGCGGAAACGAAGUAUCUCAACGUGUUUAUAUGUCAACACCGCAACACCGUACACAAUACGCUGUCAAUGAACCUGCAGAUGAUAGACGGAGCGAAAGAAAUAACUAUGACUACGACGAGAGAAUAAAAUUAGAAUAUGAAGACUCGCAACCUCAGUUACCACCACAAACAAGAAGAAUGGCAGUUCAUCAUAAUAUCGAAAGAGAAGAUACUACUCAAGUACCUGGUUGGGUGAGACAUACUGAUAAAGAAAAAUGCAGAUCUCAAUUUCAUUAUCACAGACGACCAGUAACAAGGAAUUCGAAUAUAUUAUCUGCUGUAUUGUGUCUGGUCAAAGAGUUAGACUACCCGAGUCUGGAAGUAGUAGAGAUGGCCGUUAGAAAUCGAAUGGAUGAACUAGAGGAAUGAUGUUUCUGACACCGUCCCCAAAACUCACAGGGGACGGUCGCUUUCUCUCAUAUCAGCAGCAUAUCUUCCGUUCCCAGUCCGGAAUUCUCCGAUUCACUUGAUUCAACGAUAACUCUUAAUCAGUAUAUUGACAGUGAUGGAAAUUACAACAAUCACGAGCAUUAUGUAAUCGACCGUCAGUUAUUCGACGAAAAUAACGAAAAAUCUCAAAUCCCACGCAAUGGAUGUGCCGAAAAAGUUUGCUCAACACACAGCCCGAAAACCGUCUCGAUUGACCCGAGCCCGAGAUUGCUCAGAAAUAAUCAAUCCGUGUAUAAAAUUAAAGACUCCGUAUUAGAUAAUUUACCGCCGGAAAAUUACGAGGAGAGAAAGAGCAACGAUGUCAGACGUGUAGCGAGCAGUGACAGCAUUCCUCGCGGUAACUACAACAAUGUUAUUUUAAGCCAGGGAUGCAGAGUUCUAAGCCAAGACUGCGUGAGAAGAUCAAAAAGUCUGGAUGUUAGGAAUACAAUUGCGCCACUUCGUUAUAUUCAAUCGGCAAAAGGAACGUGGA